AAGAGCCAGUUGUUUAUUAAUAUUUUUGAGAGGCAGGGACUACCUUGGGCAGCCUGAGCCGAGGGGAGGAGGCUGCAGGAGUCCUGUCCCCUGUGGAUUGGGAGGUUCUCCUGCCAUGGCCAGUUACCAGGAGGAUGAGCCUCCCUCUCCUGGGGAGAGCUCAGGGGAUGAAAGUCAAGAGGAUGAGGCAAUCAGGAUCCUUGAAAAAAUGAAGCAGAAGCAGAGACUUGCCACCAAGGAGCUGGUCAGCACAGAGGCCAAGUAUGUGCACAAUCUCCAGCUCUGUGCCUCUGACCUCCGGAGCCGGCUACUUGAGCUGCCAGAGGAAGACUUGGACGUGAUAUUCUCAAACAUUAAUGAUAUUGUCAAGGUCAAUAGCCGUUUCCUCAAAGGCCUAGAAGAGGCAGAGUCUGAUGAACAGCAGCUAUACUUACUUGGUAAUCUGUUUCUUGAAUUCCAAGAGGAGAUGGAGAGCGCCUAUAAGGUCUACUGUGCCAGCUAUGAUCAGGCCUUGGUCCUGGUGGAGUCAUAUAAGAAGGUACCCGAGCUCCAGAAGGCAAUUCAAGAUGUCAUCGCGGCACUGGUGCCACAGGCUGGAGCCUCAGGUCUCACUUUCUUGCUGGUGAUGCCUGUGCAGCGGGUGACCAGAUACCCACUCCUGCUGCAGAAGAUCCUGGAGAACACGCCACCUGAUGACCCCGCCUACGAGGCCUUGCAGAGGGCCACCAGAGCUAUGCAAGAGGUCAAUUCUAACAUCAAUGAGUACAAGAGGCAGAAGGAAAUUGUCACUAAAUACAGCAAGUUGGAGCAUCUGACAGUCAGGGAGAGGUUGGCCCGGAUUAAUACACACUCUAUCUCCAAGAAGACUCUGCGUCUAAGUCAGUUGUUCAAGCAAGAAGCUGGGAUUGUGACCAGGACUGAAGACAGGGAGUUUGAUGACUUGGAAGAGAAGUUUCAGUGGGUGGCGUUGUGUGUGAAUGAACUCAAGGGCAAUGUGGCAUCGUACCUGGAAAAUUUGGAGACUUUCCUCAGGAUCAAACCACAUGAAUGUGAUCUGGAGAUGGAAGGUGGAGCUGUGCAGCAGUAUUGCUGCCUUACAAGAAACCUGCACCUUCUGGUCUUCUUGGAAUUUAAGCAGCGGCUGGAAAGACUAGUGUACCACCCACUGGGCCACCUGUCCAAAGCCCUGCUGGGGCCUCAGAAUCUGAUCAAGAAGCGGCUGGACAAACUGCUGGACUUUGAGAGGAUAGAAGAGAAGCUGGCUGAAAUGGGCAGCAUGACCUAUGAAGAGGAAGCCACCAGGCACACCUACCAGGCCCUGAACUCUCUGCUGGUGUCUGAGCUUCCUCAGUUUAACCAGGUGGCCACACAGUGGCUGGGUCAGAUCUUGCACACACUUAUGGCCCUCCAGAGGGAUCUUGCCCAGCAAGUGUUGCAGAGGGCAGAAGGAGAGUUGGCUCAGCUGCCCCACAGCCAUGUUUCUGAAUCUGACUUCAGGAAGCUGAUGGAAGACACAUUGGGCAAGACCAGUGCCCAGCUUUACUUCUUCCGCCAGAGCUUCGAGAAGGUGUUGCCAGUUCCAAUAACACAACCACUCCAGCCUGCUGCAGAAAGGCAGGUCCAGACCCUCCUGAGCAAGUACGGCCCUAGCAAGCUCUACCAGGUGACAAGUAACAUCAGUGGGAGUGGAAAUCUGGCUCUGACUCUUCAGAGAGGGCAGGUUGUGGCUCUCCUUCAGGACAGGGAUACCAAAGGCAAUACUAGUCGUUGGCUAGUGGACACUGGAGGCUAUCGUGGGUAUGUGCCAUCUGGAAAACUAGAGCCGUAUCAGGUGGUCCCACCUGAGGAGCCCAGAAUGCAGGUAGGGUCAGGCGAUGGUUUCGGGUUCCCUCCAACAGAGGCUCCCAGGGCAUCAGCCUAUGCUGUCACACCUGUUUUUCAGGUGGUGGCUGCAUAUCCGUUUGCAGCCAGGAGCAGCCAUGAAGUAAGCCUACAGGCUGGACAGCCGGUAACGGUCCUGGAGAGGCAGGACAAGAAGGGGAACCCAGAAUGGAGCCUCGUGGAAGUGAAUGGACAGAGGGGUUAUGUGCCCUCCAACUUCCUGGUCCGCGUUCCAAGCCCCGCACCCUGGGGCUGGAGUUUGCCCCCUUGUAACAGCCCCACAUCACACAUGUAACAGCAGGGGUGGGAGGGAGACUAUGAAGGAUUUUCAGUGGGACAGUGUGGGUUGAUGGGGGUAAGAAGGGUCUCAGAGCAGAACACAGGACUGGGUGGGUAUAAGACAAGGCAGUAGGAAAAUAAAGCAAACCUCCUAGCCACCAUCUCCUUUGCUGCUGAGGAAGUGGGGUGGAGGGUGAGGGUGAAUUCUCCAGAAUCUCUCUCCAUGGAGCCUUUGUGGGCAGAGAAGUUUGGUCCAUGAGGCCUUGGCCUCCUGACUUGGAGUCACACAUUGCAAGAAGCGAUGUAUGAGAGAAAGGUAUCACAGUGCUUUGGAAAGAGUGCUGGAGGGGGCCUUAGAGGAUUUGAGUGUGAUUCUGGCUCUCCCAGUUACUAAUAAUGUGGCUUCAGGUAAGUCACUUAUCCUUACAGAUCUUCAUCUGUAAAAUGAGGGGUUUGCAUUAGGUGGCCUCUGAGGUCCUUUCAGCCCCAGACCUGUGAUAUGACGAUCCUAACAUGAAGCUCUCAGCCCAGGAGCUGUAAAUGUUCAGAGACAGCUUCUUACUUACUGGGGAGGAGGUCUGUGCCUAGGUGUGUGUGCCUAGAUUGGACUGCAGUUUCUCAAUGUGCAUGAUCUAUAAAAUGCCCAGCAUAUAGUAGGCGCUUAAUAAAAGCUUGUUUGUUUGUUUUUUCAAUCAGCAUCUUGGGGCACAGUGGAUUAGAGCACUGGGCCUUGAGUCAGGAAGACCCGAGUUCAAAUCUAGCCCC